AUGGUCUCGAAAGCAAUCGCCAUCGUCGCAGGAGUGGGUCCAGGCACGGGUGCCUCUGUCGCGCGCCGUUUCGCCAAAGCAUACCCCGUCGUCCUCCUCGCCCGCAACCCAGAUAACUACGAAUCCCUCGUGAAAGAAAUCAACAGUAGCGGCGGCAAAGCCAUCGGCAUCUCCACCGAUGUCUCCUCCCCGGACAGCAUCAAAAACGCCAUGUCGCAGGUCAACAAGGAAUUCGGAGACGUCCCCGCCGCAGCAGCAAUCUUCAAUGCCUCCGGACGCUUCGCGAGGAAACCGCUCCUCGAAAUGACCCUCGACGAAUUCCAAGGCGGCCACGAAGUCUCCGUCAAGGGAGCCUUCCUCUUCUCCCAAGCCGUGCUUCCCCUCCUCCUGAAACACGUCCCCAGUGGAGAGCACCCACCCACGCUCAUCUUCACCGGCGCCACGGCCUCCGUCAAAGCCAACGCGCUCAUGUCCGGCUUCGCGUCGGCCAAAUUCGCCCUGCGAGCUCUGAGCACGAGUAUCGCCAAGGAAUUCGCUCCCAAAGGCGUCCAUGUUGCGCAUGCCGUUAUUGAUGGGGUUAUUGAUAUUCCGAGGACGAAGGAAUGGUUGAAAGAUCAGCCUCCGGAGGCGAAGAUUGAGGCGGAUGGGAUUGCGGAGGCUUAUUGGAAUUUGCAUCAGCAGAGUAAGCGGUGUUUCACGAAUGAGAUUGAUAUCAGGCCCAUGAUGGAGAAGUGGUAG